GCUACUGUAUUCCGGACCUGCCGUCGCCUCCGAGAAGUCCAACCCGCCCGCCUCCGCCGCCGCGGUGGGCAGUGCACCCCUCCCUGCCGGCCGCCUCCCGGCCCCAGCCUCGCUGAUUCGAGGAGGAGACGAUCAUGGCAACCACAGCGCCACCGGCAGACGCAGACCCCCCCGAAUGCCCGGUGUGCCUCUCCCCAUUCGACGCCACCUCCGCUGUGCCGCGCGUCCUCCCGUGCGGCCACUCUCUCUGCGGGCCCUGCAUCGGCGCCCUCCCGCCCGCCUCCGCCGCCGCUGCAGGCUCCUCCCUCCGUUGUCCUCUCUGCUGCCAGUGCGUCCCCUUCUCCCGCGCGCUCGGCCCCUCCUCCCUCCCCAAAAACCUCGCCCUACUCGCGCUUCUCCCCUCUUCACCCCCCUCCCCGUCCCACACUAUCACCGCCACCGCGCCGGCUCCCCUCCCUCUCCCGCUCCACGCCUCCCACUCCCGCCUCCUUUCCCGUUUCCGCCAUGCCGUCCUCCCCGAGUCCGCCUCCCCGCUCCGCUCCGCGCCCACCCCCGCCUGCCUCGCGUCCGGAUCCCUCGACUCCGACCUCGGCGCGCCCUGGUUCUGCGCGCGGGGCAGUCCCGUCAGCCUCCUCCCGAUCGAGACCCGCCCCGGCGAAGGACGCCCGCCGGCGGAGCAGGAAGCCGAAUUCUACCGGCCCAGCCACGCGGCGCGGGUCCUCGCCGCGAUCGGCGCGCUCAGCGACGCGGCGAUGGAGGAGCUGGCCGGUCUGAUCGCAUCUUCCGCGCGGUUGGCACGGCGGGUGUGCAGGGUCUACGGGGUCUGGAUGGACCCUGACGCGCCGCCAUUAUGGAUGGUCUCUGAACGGCACCCGCGUAGUUUUUCCCAGUUGUUGGAAGAGGAGAUGGUGGCUCAGAUCGGAUUUGUUGUCAUGGAAGCAUGUGAAGUGAUCAUGAGGUUGCAUGGUGAGGGGCUGGCGCUGGGAUGCCUUGGGCUCGAUUGCUUCUGCCUUGACAGCUUUGGGCACUGCCUGCUUGAUUUCAGUCGGGUGUUGGCCUUGUGCCGGGGAGUCCGAGCAGGGGUUAGUUCAUACAGUAUUGGGGCUUUAAUUGCUCCUGAGGUGGUGGCAGUGCUAGGUGACACAUUGCGAAUGAAGAAUCAUGAUUUUGAUGGCUUCUUUGGAUGUAGUUCAGAUAUCUGGUCAUUGGGUUGUCUAUUGGUGUCACUUCUUACUAGGGAUGAGCGGCUUGUGGCAGGAUGGAACUCUGAAGGAUCAUAUGAUGAUUGGGAGAAGAAAGUGGGUACAAGGCUUAAUGCCUCAUUGCUUGGUACGCAACUUGAACCAUUGGCUGCAAUUAUAGUGUCAUGCUUGAGCUAUGAUCCAAAAGGCCGUCCAGAGAUUGCUGACGUCUGGAAAUGUGUUAGAGGCUUGUUGAUGAAAUCCGGUGAUGUUACUUUAGCUCCUGAUGAUGACUUUGCAGUUCAGAAGAGUUUUAGAUGUUUACUCCUUGGGGAGUUAUCCUCGAUGUUUGCUGAAUCUAGUGCUGUUGAGUCAGAUGGUAAGGCACAACUGUCUCGAGGAGCUGAGGACAGCAGUUCAAAUCAGGAUGAUGUAAGUAAUGGUGGGUGCAGAAACGAUAGGGCACUUGAUUUGUCAGGAAUUGAUGAUCCAGAGUCUGCCGGAAUGUUUAAAUCAGCUACGCUGAUUGCCCACCGUGAUUGUGUAACUGGAUUAGCCAUUGGAGGCGGAUUCUUGUUUAGCUCUUCUUAUGACAAAACUAUCAAUGUGUGGUCACUGCAGGACUUCUCUCAUGUACAGUGUUUGAAGGGUCAUGAACACAAAAUCACCACAAUUGUUGUUGUUGACAACGAGAAUCAUUCUCUUUGUAUAAGUGGAGACAGCGGUAGCGGAAUUUUCGUCUGGCGUAUAGAUUCCACUCUCAAGGAAGAACCUUUGAAUAAAUGGUAUGAACAUAAUGAUUGGCUCUAUCGAGGGGUUAUCUGCUUGGCUGUCUCUGGAACUGGUUAUCUUUACAGUGGUAGCAGAGACAAAUCUAUCAAAGCCUGGUCGCUGGAGGAUUAUUCACUUCGCUGCACCAUGACAGGUCAUAAAUCAACUGUAUCUUGCCUUGCGGUGGCCAGUGGUAUUCUUUACAGUGGAAGUUGGGAUGGUACAAUUCGGUCAUGGUGGCUCACUGAUCAUACUCCAUUGUCUGUACUGGAAGAUGAUAUAGCAGGAAGCAUAGCCCCUGUGUUGUCAAUUUCAACAGAAGCCAAUUUUGUUGUUUCAUCGUAUGAGAAUGGCUACUUUAAGAUCUGGAAGAAUGAUGUCCUCGUCAAAUCAGAAAAGCUUCAAAAUGGUGCUAUUUAUGCCGUUAAAUUAAGUGGCAAAUGGUUCUAUAGUGGUGGAUGGGAUAAAAUCAUAAAAAUUCAGGAGUUAUUGGAAGAUGAGUCAGAGGUAGAACUCCGAGACGUUGCUUCCAUUACUUGUGACACAAUUAUAACUUCGAUACUGUCCUGGGAUGAAAGGCUGAUAGUUGGACAAUUCAACAGGGAUAUCAAGGUUUACUACAAGGCGCAAUAAUUUCUUACUCCGCUGGUCCACCUGCGUGUCUAUACUGUGAAUAGCUUGAUGUACAGUAAACGUGAGAUAAAGGAUUGAUGGAAACAGAAGAAACCCUCCUUUUGACGGUACAACAGUGUGUCAAUUGGAAAGAAACAACAGUUAAGAUAGGUUGUUGUAAGAAGGGGUAGAUAUCAAUGAAGAUGCAUAUUUUCUUCAAAUCUUCUGGAGUAGAAUAAGCACAAUGUCUGGUUCGUUGGUCCCAUAUCACACAAAAUGUAAUUUAGAAUUAGCAGUUCUACUUGAUGAGAAGCCAUCAGCUAGAAGAAUGCUGUUGAAUGUCAAUAGUAAUACAAUAAUAUACCUUUUAUUGUCAAAAUUAAUGUGAUAAUCGUUAAAGCUCAA